AACGCACAGGACGCACGCAAGUCAAAGUUGUACGGCAAAUUCGGCAAGCAGAUCAUAUCCGCAGUCAAAGCAGCCGGCCCCAGCCCAGCCAGCAACUCAGCGCUGGCAGCACUGCUGGUGGCGGCAAAGCAAGGAGGAGUGCCCAAAGAUGUGAUUGAUCGGAACAUCAAACGUGCGUCGGAGAAGGGACAGGCGGAUUUCACCGAGAUUGUGUAUGAGAUCUACGGGCUUGGAGGGGUCGGCAUAGUGGUGGACGUGCUAACAGACAACAACGCCCGGGCGGCAGCUACAGUGCGAGACGUCGUGAGAAAAGGAGGCGCCAAGAUGGCUGAUCCGGGCUCUGUGCUCUUCAAUUUCAAGAGGCAGGCCGUGCAAAAACAUACUCAGCUGUGCUGGCCGCCCCAGCAGGCAGCCACGGCGGCUACGGUGGUUGCUGGUGGUGGCGAUUAUCAUUAUCUCUUCCCUUACCUCCAAAUUGACCUCCCCUCUUUCCUCCUCACAUCCCUCAGGUUCUUCCGGGUGCUGACUCCUGCCGAGUCCUUCGCAUCGGUGCGAGCGCAGCUGCAGGAGUAUGGGCUGACAGUGGACGCAGAGCACUCAGGACUCAUGUUCAUCCCCACAGCCACCAUGCAGCCUGAUGAGGAGGCUCGGGAGCAGAACGAAGCUCUGAUGGAGAAGCUGCUGGAAUUGGACGACGUGGACGCAGUGUACUGCAACCAAUAG